AUGUCCUGCUUCGCCGGCCUCACGGCGAGUGCCCCUGUGGCGUCAGGCCUGGCGGACCGCGGCAAAGGACGAGGCCGUGUCUAUGCCAACAUCACGGAAACCGUUGGCAACACGCCUUGCGUGAAGAUCUCCGAGGAGAUUUGCCCCAAGGGCCGCACCAUCUACGCCAAGCUGGAGUACUUCAACCCACUAUCUAGCGUGAAAGAUCGCCUCGCCUGCGCCAUCAUUGAGGAUGCAGAGAAGAAGGGCCAGCUGAAGCCUGGCGACACCGUGAUUGAGGCCACCUCGGGAAACACGGGCAUUGCUGUGGCGAUGUUGUGCGCCCAGCGCGGAUACAAGUGCGUCAUCACCAUGGCGGAGCCUUUCUCCAUCGAGCGCAGGAAGCUGAUGCGCUUCAUGGGAGCCAAGGUGAUCAUCACUCCCAAGGCAGGCAAGGGAACCGGCAUGGUUGCCAAAGCGAAAGAGCUCGCAGAGAAGCACGGCUGGUUCCUUUGCCGGCAGUUCGAGAACGAGGCGAAUGCCGAGUUCCACUACAAGACCACAGGCCAGGAGAUUUUGAACGACUUCGAGGGCAUGAAGCUGGACUACUACGUGCUGGGCUAUGGCACGGGUGGCACUUUUGCUGGCGCCGGCAAGGCCAUCAAGGAGAAGCGCCCAGACGUGAAGAUCUGCCUGGGCGAGCCGGCCGAUGCCCCGCUCGUGGCCUCUGGAACCAAGACCGAGCGAAACGCGGAUGGAUCGGCCACCGGCUCGCACCCGGCCUUCAAGCCCCACCCCAUCCAGGGCUGGACCCCGGACUUUAUCCCGCAGAUCGCAGAGAAGGGCAUCCUCGACACCGGCUACGACGAGUUCGUGCCUAUCCCAGGUCAGGCGGCCAUCGACAUGUCCCAGGCCUUGGCGAAAACACAGGGCAUCUUCACCGGAAUCUCUGGAGGCGCCUCCAUGUAUGCCGCAGUUGAGAUGGCCAAGAAGGCGCCCGAGGGCUCGGUGUUGGUGGCGAUGCUGGCAGACACCGGCGAGCGCUACCUCUCCACUCCCCUCUUCGCCUCCAUCAGCGCCGACAUGAACGAGGAGGAGCUGGCCAUCUCCAAGUCCACGCCGAACUUCCAGCUCUGA